UUUCAGAGCACAGCCCAAGCCUCUGUAUUCUAGCAUUAUCAAUAGGACUAGGCAUUAGGAUCUUGAGGCCACUUUUCCACGAUUUUCUUCCUUUCUCCUCACGCUGACCAUUAUCACGUCUCAUUUACCGGCAUCUCGGAUUCGUUGGGGAUGGCAACAAGAGAAUGAGGAUUUGUCUACGAUUAUGUCUUUAUCUUACUCGGAUUGCUCCUCCGACCUCCUCUGUUGUGAGGAUGCCGGAGUCUUGGAUGGAGAUUUGUCGGACUACUCCCAGGAUAUUGAAUAUCCGGCGGAUACGGAGGAGUCUAUCGCCGGAUUUAUAGAAGAUGAAAGAGACUACAUGACGGGUUGCGAUUAUACCGCCAGGUUUCAGUCUCGAUCGCUGGAUGCUUCAGCGAGGCAGGAGUCCGUAGAGUGGAUUCUCAAGGUACAAGCGUUCUACCAUUUCCAGCCGUUGACGGCGUAUCUUUCCGUUAAUUACCUGGAUCGGUUUCUAUCUUCUAGCCGCCUGCCGCAAGCAAAAGGGUGGCCAUUACAACUUUUAUCUGCUGCCUGCUUGUCAUUGGCUGCUAAAAUGGAGGAACCCCUUGUUCCUUCUCUUUUGGAUCUUCAGGUUGAAGCUACAAAAUUCAUCUUUGAACCAAGGACAAUUCAAAGAAUGGAGCUCCUUGUCCUUAGCGCCUUGGACUGGAGGCUACGGUCCAUUACACCCUUCAACUUUGUUAAUUACUUCGCCUACAAAGUUGACUCAAGUGGAACCCUAAUUGGUUUCCUUGUUUCACGAGCCACAGAAAUUAUUCUAGCUAUCAUCCGAGAGAUAAAUUUUCUAAAGUAUCGUCCGUCGUCGGUAGCUGCGGGAGCCAUACUCUGUGCGGCCAAGGAAAACCCAAAUCUAUCUCUUGUUGUUAACCCAGGAAAUGCUGUAUCGUGGUGCGACGGACUAUGCAAAGUAAGGAUGCAUUAUGAUUAUGGUUGGGCUUUUGGGCAUGUGUUUACACCAAAGAAUAACUAUGCCAACUCGAGAAAGUACCAAUUUUUGCAGGAUAGGAUUGUCAGUUGCUACAGGUUAAUGCAACAACUUGUGCUUGACAAUCGCCAGAGAAAGCCCCCAAGAGUCCUGCAACAGCUCCGAGUAACCACUCCCGCGGGAAUCGCUUCCGGUGAUUCAUCUUCUUCAUCAUCUUCAUCUUGCAACAAAAGGAGAAAGCUGAACAACUGUUUAUGGGCAGAUGAUGACAAGGAUAGACUUUGAGAUGAAAUAUUGGAAUGGAUAUGGGUUAGGGUUCGAGUCCGAGAGAGCAAGAGAAAGGAAAUGUUUGGUGGUGGUCCACGUUGGUCUGAAAUCCUCGUUAUUUUUGGGAGGAUUUGGAGAUUACUUUGACUUUAGAAAAUGUAGCCUAGAUUAUGUAUGAGAGUACUUUUUUUUUUUUUUCAUAUUUUGUUUGUGUGUGAGUGUUUCAGUUGCCAUUAGUUAAUGGCUUUGUGCAGAUUCCCGGGGGAAGGGAAUUUGUUAUAUUUGUUAUACUUUUGUGUGAGAAGGUCAGAGAGAGAGAGAAGUUUACGACUGGAGUCAAGAGUGUGAAAGAAGUGGAGACUGAAUUCAAGUAACAAAAUUGCUUGUUGAAUGAGAGGGAGGAGAUGGUGGGGGCCAUUCAAGGGUUUUCGUUUUUUGGUUUUUUGGGAGGGGGGUCGUUUGUUUGAGAAGAAAAGGGACGUUAAGUGGGUGGCAUUUGGGAGAAUAAUUAAGGGAUUGAAGUUGGAGGUGUUCAUGGGCGAUAAGUCAGGUUUCUCAUUCAGAGCAUCAUCAUUGCUUCGACUUCCGUGUCUUUAGCGUAGAAAGGAGGGAAACGAAAUAAAGCCAAGGAAAAUAAAAAAGAAAAGGCUCCACAUGAACUUCUGGAGUGGUAUUUUGCUUGUGUAUGGUUGUUUAUUUGGCCGGAAUGGUGGCCUAACCGUAGCCUAACUAUAGCAGGCUUGCGUGCUAGCUACAUGAGUCUGUAGUUCCACUUGUUUAUUCACUUGUUUUUUUUUUUCCUUCUUCUUUUGAAAGGGCCGAGGGGGGAUCGGUCCUCUUCAAAGGCAAAAGUUCGGCUACACAGACACAAAAGGUCUUUGGGGCCUUUUAAGUGGUGUUGUAUUUGUUAAUAUAUCAACAAUAGAAAUCUAUUUUAUAUAUUUAUUGAGAUUCUCAAUCUCUCUAGCUUCUUA